AUGAGCGAUGACCAAGUUCUGAAAAGGUUUAUGAAGAAUGGACUUAUGAAUGCAGAGCUGAAGGAGUUUUUUGAGAAGGCACUUGUGAAUGAAGGCUUUAAUACUAUGGAGCUUCGGAUGCAGGAGACUCCGAUUAAGAUUAUUUUAAAGGUUGCAAAGCCACACGAGGCAAUAGGAGAAAAGAAAUACAGGCUAAAGCAAUUCCAGCACUUAGUUGCCCAGAGGCUUGAGGUUCCCGAUGAAAAUGUCGAGAUAAUUGUUGAAAAGGUCCACGAAAAGGGACUCUGUGCACUUAUCCAGGCCAAUUUUAUCAGGGAGAAGAUGCUGGGAGGAGUACAGUACAGGAGGUCGGUUAACAUGGCCCUGAAGGCUGUAAGACAUUCGGGAGCACAAGGAUGCCAGAUAAUAGUUAGUGGAAAGCUGAAAGGGCAGCGUGCCAAAUCCGUAAAGUUCCAGGAUGGAGUGUUAAUUCACAGUGGAAACCCAGUCAAAGACUAUAUUGAUACGGGAUAUGCCACGGUUGAAACCAAGCAGGGAGUGAUUGGAAUUCAAGUUAGAAUAAUGCUGCCAUACGAUCCGGAAGGAGUGCUUGGGCCAAGCUACCCUCUUCCUGAUAGGAUUACCAUUCUUGAGCCUAACGAAAUUCAAUAA